GCUUUAUAGUUAGCUUCUAUUCAAAUGACUGGACAAAACGGGAAGAGAAAAGCACCAUCGAGCACGACUAAUGUUGUUGAUAGGUUAUGCCGUCAACGACAAAUUCCACCUGGAAGUAUUGCUAUAAAGAAUUCUCGAAUGGUCCAUAUGAAACCUGGUUCAAAGAACCCACCACCACCUACUCAGAGAAAAAAUCCACCACCGAUUCAGCCAACUAAAACAUCACUUCCUACUCAACCUUCACCAUCGAUUCAUACCAAUCCAACACCACCACCUCCUCAGCCUCCACCACCAAUUCAGACAAAUCCAACACCACCACCUUCGCAGCCUCUAUCAAAGACUCGGAAAAACCCAAUUCCGCCUCCUACUAAUCAGCCUCUAUCAAAGACUCAGUCAAACCCAACACCACCACCGAUUCAAAAAAACCCAACACCGCCACCUACUAAUCAGCCUCAACCAUCAAUCCCGACUUCUGAGGAAUUCAGAUUCAUUCCUACCCCGGGAUAUACUCAUCAUGUUUUGCAAAGUCCCCCCCAUCACACCACAGAAGAGGGCGUUCAAGAAGAGGGCGUUCAAGAAGAGGGGGUCCAAGGACUUUCUAAUGAGGAACAAGAAGAACCAGAAGAACAAGUUGAUGGACAAAGACCGAAGAUCUAUAUUGUGGAAGAUACUGCGCUAAGUCCAGGCGAUCUUGUUGCCGAAAUGUGCAGAAAAGUUAUAGAAAAGCUUUACCGGGGUACUUUUUUUAAUUAUAGUGAGCUUAAACGUGGUGGAAGAGAAAAAGAGAGAAAGGAAUGGUUCAACAUGUUUAAAUCACUUGUAAGCUGGGACCGUUGCGAUGAUGCUAAAAUGGAAGACUUGUUUCAUAAAAGAUGUGCAACACGAUUGCGUGAUAUAUUACAAAAGGCUAAAGAGAAGGCGUGCAAGCCGCCUUGGAUGGGUGUAGAUACAUGGGAGUUUCUUAUUGAAAAGUGGCAGACAAAAGAGUUCAAAGAUGUCUCCAAACAAAAUAAGAUUAAUCGAUCAUCAAGCAAAGGUGGGGCAGUCCAUACGUCUGGUCGUAGAGCUCACCAUGAUGUUGCACUUGAUUUGGCUAAAAAACUCAAGCGACCCGCACAUCCGGACGAGCUCUUCAUUGCCACUCAUAAAAAGAAGAAUGGGGAGUGGGUUGACGAGCGUGCAGCGACAACACAUGAAACUUACGUGAGUAGUCUUACACAAGCCACACAAAUUACUGGUAAUGAUGUGGAUGGAUCAACAAGAAUACAAAUGUGGAAAGACGUUGCUGGAGGUAAAACACGGGGGCGGUGUUAUGGAGUUGCACAAUUGGCGCACAACGUAAGACAUGGAGUGAGCUUCUUGACACAUGUGUCAAUUUCAAACCCCAAUAGAGAAGUAGAUAACCAAGCCAUUGAGGCUGCUAGAGCUGAAGCUGCUGCUGCACGUGAAGAGGCUGCACGAGCUAAUGCGCGGACAGAUGAAUUGGCAAAGCAAUUUGAAGAUCUUAGGAAAAUGUUUGAUAUGUUUCAGUCUCGUCAGGCGGGUUCUUCUAGGGCUCCUUCAAGUGAACAUGCUCAUUAUAACUACUCGGAGGAUGAGGAUGAGGAUGAGGAAGAUAAUGUUGCUGGUGAUCAUGAUCAGGAUCAGUAGGAUGAGGAAGAUGUUGCAGGA